CACACAUGCCCGCUUAGGUCUUCUCAAAAGCGUGUUUUUCGACAUGAAAUCCCGUUCGCACAGCCUGGAAAACAUCCAGCGACAGAUAGAUGAAGUUAAGCAGUUUCUCUCCGUCACCCUGAGCAUCUCUAACGCGCACACGGUGGAGUUUUUCACCCACGACGUGUGGAAACGGUUCACGGCGGUGUCGCCGCAGGAGGUGCUGCGCGCAUGCGCAGAGCAGCAGAGGGAGCCAGAGAGCAGCUGCGCCUGCGCAGACCAGCAGAGGGCGCCAGAGCCCGCAGAGCGCUGCAGGACUGCGUUUGGCUUUUCCGUUGAUUCGAAGCAGCUGGUCGAUACCCUUGAACUGAUCCGGGCGGCCAAGGCCCGCUCUCUGCCGGGCCUGGGGGCGUGUCUGGGCCGGGAUGAGCUACUGCAGCAGCUCCGGAGGACGGAGCUCGGGCCUGGCGCGGCACCAGCGGACAUCGGCGGAGAGCUGGAGGCGGACGAGUUCAUGAACCCCAAGAAGUCCCACGAAGUCCAGUCCAUGUCCGAGGUGGUGGCGCGCCUGGCCGAGCACUGCGGGGUCAGCCAGGUGGUGGACGUCGGGUCGGGGAAGGGCUACCUGAGCUCCUUCCUGUCCCUGCGGUUCGGCCUACGCGUCUACGGCAUCGACUCCUCCAGCACCAACACCCACGGCGCGCAGGAGCGGAACAGGAAGCUGAAGAAGUUCUCGCGGGCGUACCAGAGACGCGCCAAGGCGGACGCCGCACGUCCACCUCAGGAGGACCUGGGUCCGGUAGAACCCGACCCGGAUGGAGACCUGGUUCCUGCCGGGCCCCGGGAGGAGGAGGAGGAGGAGGAGGGAGAGGCGUCGACCGACCCGGCGGUGGAGAGGCGGUCGGAGCCGAAUCCGGAGACGGAGGAGCUCUUCCUCAGCGCCAUGUCGGCCGACCUGGUGGAGGCCGCGCCCCCCAGGAUCCCGCCGGGCCGCCUGAGUGAAGAAGAGAGGGAGCGGAGGAAGAGGGAGAACCUGGACAGGAAGUCCCGGAGCCGGGCCGCCGGAACCGGCGCCGUCUUUUCACCGCUCACGUCUUACGUCACCGCGGAGACAGAGCUGCGGGAGCUGAUCACCGAGCUGGAGGACGCCGUCCUGGUCGGUCUGCACACGUGCGGUAACUUGGCUCCGAGCACCUUGAGGAUGUUCGUGUCCAAACCGGAGCUGACGGCCGUCUGCAGCGUCGGCUGCUGCUACCACCUGCUGACGGAGGAGUUCGACCCGGCCGCCGACGGGUGUUUGCUCGGCGCCUGCGGGUUCCCCCUGAGCCGGUACCUGCAACGGCAGUCCUGGUUCUGCGGCAGAAACGCCAGGAUGUCGGCAUGUUUGGCGCUGGAGAGAGUUGCGGUCGGCCAGGGGAUCCAGAUGGAGUCCCUGUUCUUCAGGGCCGUCCUGCACGUCAUCCUGAGCGAGCGCUACGGCGGGUACAAGAGCGAGAGGCGAGUGGGGAACGUUUACUCCAAGUCGACGUCGUUCGUGGACUACGUCCGCCGAGCGCUGCAGCGCCUGGAGCUGGACGACGAAAAGCUCUCCGACAGCGACAUCCAGGCCUUCCACGACACAUACGCCGCCCGGAAGGACGAGAUGCACGCCUUCAACAUGCUGAAGGUGAUCCUCGCCCCCUGCAUCGAAGGACUGAUCCUCCUGGAUCGCCUCUGCUACCUGAAGGAGCAGGAGGACGUCUCCUUCUCCGGACUGGUGCAGCUCUUCGACCCCGUGCUGUCGCCGAGAUGUUUCGCUGUCGUCGGCCUCAAAGGUCAGACGAGGCCAAGAACCAGCUGACGAAGCACUUCCAACGUCUCGUCGCUCUGACGCAGGAGUCGUCCUUGUUUCUACUGUCUGAAAGUGGUUGUACGAUGUUCUCGUCCCUCCGGCUUGUUUUCAGUCACAUGUGUGAUUUUAUCUUCCCACAAGCGUCCGGUCGGCUCAUCGCUGACGUCACUUUUGAUUUAUGGACUCGGACAGUUUCUGCUGGAAAAUAUUUCUGCAUCUCUGAGAACGACGGCUCGAUACACCUGGAAAUGCUGUUUUAAAUUAUAUUUAUUGCAUUUUAUUUUUUUGUCUUGAUUUUUUUUGUUUUUUUAAGGAGCCUUCAGGGAGCCGGGUCUAUUGUGGGGCGAACGGAGACUCAGAGCGUCUGGAAAGUCAAUUUCUAAUCUCAAAAGGAGAAGAAGAAGAACAAACCGGCAUAUCUAUUAUCUAAUCUUUUCUCCUGUUUAGUGUUGC